AUGGUAGGAGUACGCACAGUUGCUGAAUUACUGCUUCCAUCGCAAACGCUCAACUUUGAUGAGCUAGCUGGGUUAUAUCCGCAUCUCAAGGGUUUGCCGAUCAGCUCCUAUCAAGAGGUCCGGCCGAGAAUCCUCAUCGGAAUGAAGGAUCAACACCUCAGCCUUGUUCAGAAAAGCCGCGAGGGAGCGCUACAUGAGCCAAUCGCCGUUAAAACUCGGCUAGGAUGGACUGUCUGCGGAGGAGGUAAUCGAGACACAGCCGCCAACCUGACCCACUCGGUAUUCCAUAUCUGCGCCUGCAACCCGUCCUCGGACGAGGAUCUACAUAAGAUGAUGAAGGAGUACUUCACAGUGGAUAGCCUGGGAGUUGCACAUCCGAAGAAACGUCUUCUCUCAACAGAAGAAGAGCGAGCGCAAACUCUUCUUGAGACACGAACAACGCUCAAAGGCAACCGUUAUGAAACGGGACUGUUGUGGCGCUAUGACAAUGUUCGACUUCCGGACAGUUUUCCGAUGGCCCUUCGACGGCUGCAGUGCCUUAAAAAGAGAAUGGAUAAGGAUCCCCAGCUAGCGGAAGCACUCAAUAACAAGAUCAUCGAUCUCGUCGAAAAGGGUUACGCCAGGAAGCUAACCGAUAACGAGCUUGUCCAAAACUUUCCCCGGACGUGGUACCUACCGAUAUUUCCCGUAACGAAUAUUAACAAGCCCGGGAAAAUACGAAUGGUGUGGGAUGCUGCUGCGAUGGUACAUGGAUUUUCACUCAAUUCAGCGCUGCUUAAAGGACCCGAUCAAUUCUGCGAACUUUUCACCAUACUGAUCCAAUUCCGUGAAGGUCGAGUUGCUCUAACUGGAGACGUACGGGAAAUGUUUCUCCAAGUGCUAAUGCGACCCGAAGACCAGCAGUGCCAACGAUUUCUCUGGUACGAUGAAGAUGGAACAACCUCCGUCUACGUUCUGCAGGUGAUGACCUUUGGAGCUUGCUGCUCUCCUAGUAGUGCCCAGUUCGUGAAGAACCUGAAUGCUGAACGCUUCAAGGAAGAGUAUCCAGCAGCCGUUGAAGUAAUCCAAAAACGACACUACGUCGACGACAUGUUAAUGAGUGUUGCUGACGAAGAAGAGGCGAUACAACUUGCCAAGCAGGUGAAGAAAGUGCACGCGGAAGGCGGCUUCGAGAUCCGUAACUGGAUAAGCAACUCUAAACGAGUGGUGGAUGAAUUGCAGGAGAAACCGACAGAUGAAAAGAACCUCGAUCUAUCACCAGAGUUAGCCACAGAGAAGGUGCUUGGCAUGUGGUGGUGUACCGACUCAGACAUGUUCACCUUCAAGGUAGGAUGGGACCGUUACGGACGAGCGUUAUUGAUGGGCCAACGUCGCCCGACAAAAAGGGAGAUGCUGCGCGUGCUCAUGUCUGUUUUCGACCCACUUGGGCUGAUUGCGCAGUUCCUGAUGUUUCUAAAAGUUGUGCUACAAGAUGUCUGGCGCUCUGGAACUGGAUGGGACGACCAAGUCAGCGACGUAAUUUUCGAAAAAUGGCAAACGUGGCUACAAGUCCUCCCUAACAUCGAACAUGUCGCUAUUCCUCGGUGCUAUCACAGCCUUCGUACUGCUAUGAGCGAAGAUAUCCAGCUUCACACGUUCGUAGACGCGAGCGAAAAUGGCAUUGCCGCAGUCUGCUACAUACGUUUCCACAAGGACGGCAUCGUGGAAUGCAACAUUGUGGCCGCAAAGACCAGAGUCGCGCCGCUGAAAUUCCUCUCCAUCCCCAGACUAGAGCUUCAAGCAGCGUUAAUCGGUGCGCGAUUAGCGCGGUCGGUAUCAGAAGCCCUCUCGGUUCAGAUCUCUCAUAGGUUUUACUGGUCGGACUCUCAAGAUGUCCUGUUCUGGAUCAAGUCUGAUCAUCGCCGGUACUCACCGUUUGUGGCCUUCCGGAUAAGUGAAAUUCUCGAGUUAACCGAAAUGACUGAAUGGAGAUACGUUCCCACCGACUUGAACGUAGCGGAUGACGGUACAAAAUGGAAAGGUUUGCCAGAUCUUCAACCACAAGCUAGAUGGUUCAACGGCCCAUCAUUCCUUUAUUUCUCUGAGAGUCACUGGCCUCGUUCGCUGGAGCGUUCAAACACUGCCGAUCUGGAGCUCCGUCCGAGUUUGAUGGCACACUUCGUCGCACCUGAACCGAUAGUGCAAGCCAGCGAUUUCUCCAGCUGGGAUCGGUUGAUUAGAGUCGUCGCAUACGUACAAAGGUUUCCCAGCAACUGCAGGUUGAAAAUCCAGAAGAAGCCAAUCAUCGAUGGCCCUCUCUCCAGCGAUGAAAUGUGCUCUGCCGAAAGCUACCUGUUUCGCCAGACCCAGCUGGAAACCUAUUCUGAUGAGAUCGCCCUGCUGCAACGAUCGCAGGAUAAUCCGUUGCUCUCCAAAACCCCCUUACCAAAAACAAGUCCGUUUCAUCAAAAGUCACCAUGGCUGGAUCAAAAUGGAGUAUUGAGGAUGCGUGGCCGCAUUGCGAACUGUGACUAUGCAACCGACGAAGCUAAAAAUCCAGUUAUACUUCCCCGUGACCACCCAACCACCAACUUGAUAAUUGCACAUUACCACCGGAAAUACCACCACCAAAAUCAUGAGACCGUAAUCAAUGAGAUUCGUCAGAAAUACAGUGUCCCGAGACUCCGCACAACGUAUGCUAAAGUCCGAAACGAUUGCCAACGCUGCAAGAACGCUCGGGCUAUCCCACGGGUGCCGAUCAUGGCCGAAUUACCCUCAGCCCGACUCGAUGCAUUUGCUCGCCCGUUCACUCACGUAGGCGUCGAUUUCUUCGGACCUUACGAGAUCGCCAUCGGCCGCCGAACCGAAAAGCGUUGGGGUAUGCUGGCUACCUGCCUCACAACCCGUGCAAUCCAUAUUGAAGUUGCCAAUUCUCUCAACACUGGAUCGUGCGUGAUGGCUUUGCGCAACUUUAUCUCUCGAAGAGGCAAACCAAGGACAAUCUACAGCGACCGAGGAACGAAUUUCAUAGGGGCAAACCGUGAAAUGAAGGAAGCGGAGCAAUCAGUCGACCAAGAAAGGCUCAUGAAUGAGUUCAUCGACGCCGAUACCAGAUGGGAAUUUCUUCCUCCUGCCUCGCCACACAUGGGUGGCAGCUGGGAACGAUUGAUCGGCUGUGUGAAGAAAAACUUAAUGGCAGUUCUUCAAACGAAAAAGUUAACGGACGAAGUUUUCCGGAACCUGUUAACCGAAAUAGAAAAUACGGUUAAUUCUCGACCUCUGACACACGUCCCUCUGGACGAUGACUCGGCUCCUGCAUUGACACCCAACCACUUUCUACUUGGGUCAUCGAACGGAGUAAAACCAAUAUGCACUAUCGACGACAGCGGUGACGUUCUACGGCAGUGUUGGAGGCUGUCUCAAGUUCAGGCCAACCGGUUCUGGACAAGAUGGGUAAGCGAUUACUUACCCGAAAUAACCCGACGCAGCAAAUGGUUUACCGACACGAAGCCAGUACAGGAUAACGACGUGGUGCUGAUUGUAGAUCCCAAACUGCCCCGGAAUUGCUGGCCUAGGGGCAGAAUCAUCUGUACUCACCCAGGACGUGACGGUCAACCACGAUCGGCAACGGUGAGGACUGCAACCGGUAUCUACGAACGUCCGGUAGCCAAGCUAGCCGUGCUAGAUGUACGGCGCGUUCAAAAGUAA